AUUUUGCAUAGACCUACAAAAUUGAGAUUGGGACCAUCCCUAAAUUUAUCGAUGUCCAAAUUAAAUAUUACUUCUCUUUUACUGAAAGACCUCCAACUGCUAUAGCUGUAGGACUGCAAUCGUUGCUCUGGUUUAAGAGAGGACUUUGAACACACACAUAGCAGAGGAAUUUCAACCCUGGCAGAGGGAUCCCUAAGGACAGGCAUAGCUACACGAACAUUCAAAGCAGAAAGAAGAGGACGUCUUCCAUUUUUUUUGUUGCUCUUUACCUCAUAAUUUCCCGUGUGUUGGAUUCAGUGAGCUGCAGACACAGAGGAAAGAGGACAAUGUGGAAAGCAGCAGUGUCUGUGUUCCUGCUACUAAACAUGGAUAUACAGGUGAAUGGUGCUGUAGAUAAGACGAGGGGGUCUGUGGUAGAAAACUCCAGGACAGAGAAGAAUGUGAAGACAGAAGAGGCUGAAGUCAACAACAACAUUCCUGCAAGUGACACUGCUUCUUCAGGUUUUUUGGGCAACUUGCUGGUGGUACCCAUGGAUGGGAGUCACUGGGUGGGUAUUAAGGCCAUUGCCCAAGAAAUGGGUCGUCGUGGACACCGGGUUACAGUGGUGAUUCCAGAGAUCAGCAUACGGAUGGGCCCAGGGAAACACUACGACACUGUGACCUAUCCUGUUCCUUAUGACAAGGCUCAUUUUGACUCUAUCAUGGCCUCACAGAAGGACAUGCUGAAAAAAACUGCACAUUCUUUCACGGAGAAGAUACGGAAAGGAUUCUCAAAAUUCCAGAAAAUUACAGGCUUUAUCCACACCACAGCAGAGAGCCUACUGUUCAAUGUCAGUCUGAUCUCACAUCUAGCACAGCAGAACUUUGACGCAGUCCUAACGGACCCCAUGGUGCCCACAGGCUCAUUAAUAGCUCGGAAAUUUGGUAUCCCUACUGUAAAUUUGCUGAGGGGAAUUCCAUGUUCCUUGGAUAUGAAGUCUGCAGGCUGCCCCUCCCCGCCCUCAUAUGUGCCCCGCUUUUUCACCAGAUACACAGAUAAAAUGAGCUUCCAGGAGAGAGCUUUCAACACUUUGGUGGCUUUAUUGGAGCCAUUGUUAUGCCGACUGUUGUUUUGGCACUUUGACCAAAUAGCCUAUCAGUUUCUGGGAGAGGAGGUGGGCAUAGCUGAAGUGCUGUCAGAGUCUGCUAUCUGGCUGCUGAGGUUGGACUUCACACUGGAGUUCCCACGUCCUAUCAUGCCUAAUGUAGUACUAGUUGGUGGAAUCAACUGCAACGUGAGACAUCCUCUUCCUGAGGAUCUGGAGUCCUGGGUGUCAGGAGAACAUGGGUUUGUAGUGUUCACCCUGGGCACCAUGGUGUCAGAUCUGCCAGAAGAGACAACCUCCGUCUUCUUAGAAGCUUUCAGACAGAUUCCACAGAAGGUAAUAUGGAGGUACACUGGGCAGGUUCCCGAUAGUUUCCCAGAAAAUGUGAAGUUGAUGAAAUGGGUGCCUCAGAAUGACCUACUAGCACAUCCUGGAGCUCGGGCUUUCAUCACUCAUGCUGGCUCUCAUGGUCUCUUUGAGGGACUGUGUCACGCUGUUCCCAUGGUGAUGAUGCCAGUUGCAGGGGACCAAGCUGACAACGCAGUGAGGUUUGCAAGCAGAGGAGCUGGAGUCGUGUUGGAUAUUUAUUCGAUCACUACAGAGAGCCUUCUUCAGGGACUGAAUGAGGUCAUCAAUGACACCAGGUAUAAAGAGAACAUGCAGAAGCUGUCAGCUCUCCAUAAAGACCGGCCAGUUGACCCACUGGACCUUUCAGUGUACUGGACAGAAUUUGUGAUGCGGCACAAAGGGGCAAAACAUCUCAGACCUGCUGUCCUUGACCUCAACUGGCUCCAGUACUACUGCCUGGAUGUAAUAGCAGUACUGGCUACUCUAGUGCUGUUUUUUGUAAUACUGAUAGUAAAAUGCUUGAAACUAUGCUUCUGGAAACUGAGCAGGAAGAGGAAGCAGGACUAACCUUCGGGUUUCUUGUGCACAUUUCCAAAGAAAUUUUUUUACGUAAUCAAAUUACCAGAAAACAACUGUUGGUUGCUAAUCCACACCCGCCACCCAAUGCCUUUACAUGUUUUAACAUACUGAAUCAGAAAUCUAGAGAAACAAGCUUGAUAAGGGAUAGGUGUCAUAUUAAGAUACUUCAGGACUCUAGGACUGUUUAUUAAAGCGGUGUUGGUUUAAUGAAUAACAAACGUGUGACCUCAGUGAUGAUAAAUGAAUGAACCUUUAGGUACUGGUUCUAUGGAUGUAAGUGAUAUCUCCACAGGUUGUCUGGUAAGAACAGGAAAGAUGAUGAUUGGUCAACAAAUGCAGUCCAUAGUACACACACUCACUGACAUGCCAUUCAUUUAUUGUUGGGAGUUUAGAAUAUCCCAAUGUGAAUGUGAUUACUACGAUAAAGGGAGUAAACAGAGAACAUGUACUGACAUUAAUUAUAUGCUGUCAUAAUAACAAGCAGUACGGCAUGAAAUACACAAUACAUGAAUCCGCUACCGCUCAGAGCAGUUACGUGUUUGUGAGUUGAAGUUGUUUUUGUUAUAUCUUUUAUUUUUCGCUCUUUUGUCAAUGCUUGUACACCUUCUGGUAAGGACAGUUCAUUAUUUUUGUGAAAAAGAAGAAACAUAUCAAAUUGAAGUUUGAGUGAUGAAAAUAAAUUGACAAACAAAAGAAAACAGUG